GGGGGUUUCCCGGUCCAGGUACCAAUGGAUACCAGCGUGUUGUAGGUGGGGGUUUCCCGGUCUAGGUACCAUAGGAUACCAGCGUGUUGUAUGUGGGGGUUUCCCGGUCCAGGUACCAUAGGAUGCCAGCGUGUUUGUAGGUGGGGGUUUUCCUUUUCCAGGUACCAUAGGAUACCAGCGUGUUGUAUGUGGCGGUUUCCCGGUCCAGGUACCUGCUGGAUACCAGCGUGUUGUAGGUGGGGGUUUCCUGGUCCAGGUACCAAUGGAUACCAGCGUGUUGUAGGUGGGGGUUUCCCGGUCCAGGUACCAUAGGAUACCAGCGUGUUGUAGGUGGGGGUUUCCCGGUCCAGGUACCAAUGGAUACCAGCGUGUUGUAGGGGGGGUUUCCCGGUCCAGGUACCAAUGGAUACCAGCGUGUUGUAGGUGGGGGUUUCCCGGUCCAGGUAUCAAUGGAU